CUGAAUUUCCCAAAACUCUCCAAAAACGGAGAAUUGAAAGUUCCAGACUGUGCGUACAUCUCGCUCGAACGUCGUGUAAAGUCUCAAUUUGAGCCAUAAAUAAACCGAAAAAAUGGCGAUUCGGCGGCGUGGUGGAAGCACGAAGAAUCCACCGGUUCUCAGCCAUGAGUUUGUUAUCCAGAAUCAUGCAGACAUUGUUUCCUGUGCAGCGAUGGUGAUUUUGUUGGGGCUGAUGUUCCAGAUAACAAGUCCUCUAUCUUCAACCUUUGUUGCCAUGCAGUACAAUGUGACAGUCAACAAUACUGAAGAUCCUGAAUUGGAGCCCACAACACUGUACCAUCAUGGCAUGUUGGAUAUAUGCAGUGUCUUCUUCUAUUUCCUCAUCUGUGUAGUGAUCCACGCUGUCAUUCAGGAAUAUGCUUUGGAUAAACUGAAUCGCAAGUUGCAUCUCUCCAAGGUGAAGCACUCCAAGUUCAAUGAAUCUGGGCAGCUGCUUACUUUCUAUGUACUGUCUGUGGUAUGGGGAAUCCAUGUCAUGCUAAGGGAGGGAUUGACGGAGAACAUAUCACAUCUUUGGGAGGGCUACCCACACGUUUUCAAGUCAUUUCGGUUCAAGUUUUACUUCAUUGUACAGAUGGCUUACUGGUGCCACAUUUUUCCUGAAUUGUAUUUCCAGAAAGUCAAAAAGGAGGAAGUUGGUGCUAGAAUUAGAUAUGCUUCAUUUUACCUUGCCUUCAUAUUGACUGCAUACAUUCUCAAUCUUGGUCAUCUUGCCUUGGUGUGCCUUGUGAUUCACUACGUUGCUGAACUCAUAUUUCAUGUCGCUCGACUGCUUUACUUUGGAGAGAAGACUGAGCUCUCAGAGCCAUUUUUCAGCUUAUGGAUUGUGUUUUUCAUGAUUGCUCGUCUGAGUGUGGUUACACUGACCGUCUUGGUUGUAUGGUUCGGACUAGGCAAGCUGGAAACUGCUGGAUUGGACAUCAAAGUUGGCAACUUCAACACACCUCUUAUUAGGAUCAGCGUUGUAGCUGCAGUGUCUCUGUUCCAGGCGUGGCUACUCUGGACCUUUUUAACCUUUCAAUUGAGACGACGACGAGAAAACCAGCUGGCUGCUGCUCCACGUAAAAAGACACCGGUCGGAAAGUCAAAGGACAAAAAAGCCAAGAAGGAUGAAGUGAACAAAAAGCUGAAGGCUGAGAGUGUUGAAGAUGAAGGAUUUGGUGAUAUGGCCGUCACUCCAGCUGAGAAUGGUGGGAUGCGCACCAGAUCAAAGAGCAAAAAGAAGUAAACAUGGACCCUUAUCUUCGCUGUUACUCACAGGUUCCGAAGACGAUGCCCCCCCCCCAAUUAUUUUCAGCUCUGAAACAUUAUGCAUGUGCCUUGGUGUUUGUUUGUGUUAUAACAAUGUGAUAUUUUAAGCUCGAUGGUGGAUAUUGUAAGACAUCAAUUCAUAAUUCAGGAGACUCGCGUUCAAGUUGAUAUAAAAAACAUUUUAUUUGUUUGUUUAUUUUGCCGAGUGAGUCAUGUUUAACCGUCCAAUUUUUUGUUCAAAUUCUGAAAAUACUCAUACAGGUUUGUAAAAAAAAGCUUACUGUGUGCAUCAGUUGAUCUUGAUUACUUUUUAGGUCAUAGGGUGUUUUCCAAAUGAUGAAGUUCUGUAAUAGAACAAACUCUUUAGAAACAACACAAAAAUCCUAGGCUAAUUCUGAGCCGUAGAAAUAAAACCUGGUGAACACUGCUGAUUGAGUCUUUGCCAAGUGACUUAGUUGUGAAAGCAUGUUGUGGACACACAGGACUAUUUUAUUAUGCUGCAUUUUUAUAUGCGUGUAGAGCAAAACUAUAUUUUGCGACAUGCGUAUAUGGCAAACAAUCACACUGAUUCUAUGUCAUUUAAAAUCAUCCAAAGAAUCUGUAGAAAAUUUUAUCGGGUGUCGCCAAUUUGUCAUACUCAAAACCGCUUUUUUAAUUGUGUAGUGCAUGCUGGGACCAAUGUAGUCACAUUGUCACUUCUUGGGGGCAUAUUAACAAACAGGUUACCAGCUCAAAAUUAAUAUCAAGUGUUGCAACUGGUUCCCAGCAAAUAGUUUUGGAAGCAAUUUUUGUUUCUGCUAAGUAAGUUAUUGAAAUUGUGUUUGGUUGCACCACAGUCUGUACCAUUGUAAAAGAACGGUUACAUAUUUCUAUGUGGCUUCAUGUUUAAAAUUGAGCUUUGUUGUUGUGGCUUUAACAUGGUUUCAAUUGCCAUUUUAUUCUCAAAAAUGAACUAAAUUCUUGCAUUUUUUUUAAAUUUGAGUUGAUUUUUGUAUGGUGUACCCAUACAUAUGUAAAUAUUGUAUAAAGUAUUACAUUAUAUUAAGCUUCUGUUUUCUCUAAUGUUCAAUGUCAAACGGUUCUUAAAUGAGGGUUUUUCUGAUAUUCUUUUAUUUUCGAGUUUAGUUUACUCCUUUUUUCAAUUUGUAGCCAUGUUUGCUUUUGAUUGGUGUUUUGUUACACAUAGAUUGCACAACAUGUAUUUCUCCUUUCAACCUAGGCCCAACUUCAAAGAGCUGCUAA